UACUAUGAUUUUUCAUCCAAAGACAAUUUCACUAAAUUAAAUCUCAAUGGUUAAACUUGUUAAGUAGAAGAUUGUCUGGAAUCAACCUCCACUUUUUUCAAACUCAAAGAUCACAGAGAUCCCUUCAGACUUGAUGUUUUUUAUGACCAUGGCUUUAACGUUCACCUUGAAACUGAAAUCCUCUCCGGCUGGCAACCAUCCACGACCUGGAGCUUUAAGCUUGGUGUGAUGUCUGGUCUGGUGUGGGAAUUGUGACACCUUCCAUGCAUUGAGACCCAGGCGAGAACUGGCAGCUGCCUAUAUAAAAGACUCCCUCCAUCACACUGACAAAGUCCUGACAGCAAGGUUGCCAUUUGGAACCUUGAACCACAAAACCAGACAACUUCUUGUUUAACUUUUUCUUGUUUUCGUCAGUUUUUUAAUUAAUUGCAGAGAUUUAAUUUCUUUAAUCAUCCAUUAGUCUUGAGUCAGCAUCUCUCUGUUUGUCAAACUAUGACUUCCCUUGUCACUUUCAUCAUUUUGUCAAGUUGGACGACUCUGGCUUUUACUUUUCCUCCUAACACGUUUGAGACCAUGUUGAAAAGGUCACGGGUGGAUUUUGAAUCCUCCGGCAGCGGACCUGAGGAGCCUGUCCGAGGAGUAGUCCGGGUGGUUCAGCUGGAUCAGCGCGAUCUGGCCCAGUCAGGGUUCUUCAGAAAGGGAAUGAGCCCCAGGACAGCCCCCUCGAUCCGCAAGAGGUUGCCCUUCCCUUCCUUCUUGUCUCAGGGGAGACCAGGUCCGGGCCCGGCCUUCAAGGCUCCAGUGAGUCCCCUGCACCACCUGCACCCUAAAGGCCCCACCGAAAGGGACCUGAAGAAGAAACAGGGGCUGCAGAUGUGGCAAAGAGCCAUGGAUAAAGGAGGCAAGUUGUCCCUGCCGGUCAACCUGAAGGACAUGAAACAGACGUGCACUGCGGUGCCUUUCACUCAGCGUGUGACCGCAGACGGAUGCGAGACAGUGAUUGUGCACAACAAGCUGUGUUUCGGUCAGUGCAGCUCUCUGUUUGUGCCGUCCGAAGGUGAGUUUGCCGGGGUGGGCACCGGGGCGGGGGCCGUUCCCCGUCGGGGCCCCUGCUCGCGCUGCGCCCCCUCCAAAGCCCAAACAGUGACUGUGCCCCUGCGCUGUCGGAGAGAGGUCCGGGAGAAGCGAGUGAUGGUGGUGGAGGAGUGCAAGUGUGAGACGGGCAUCGAGGAGAGAAGUGCAGAGGCCACAGCGUCCAUGCAGCUGUAGCUGUGGGUACAAAACCACAUGACGUGACGGCUGUGAUUAUUCACAGGAACAAGGAGACAUGAACUUUUCACUUGAAUUGACAUCUUUAAAUUCUCUGUCAAAUCGCUCUGUAUCUGUAACUGUAAGUGUACUUUAUUUGUUUAUAUGAGUCUGAAUGUGAUUUUCAGAGUAUAAUAACCUGGUGGCGAUUUCCACCUCUUGAUUGUUGACAAAAUGACCGCUUUCUUCUGGUCAUGCAGUUUUCUGUUGCAACAGAUGAAGCUGUCCAUACUGGACGUGUGUAAAUGCAUCAAACCGUGUUUAGAUUCUUCUAAACUGAAAUA